CAUGGCGGCGGCAGCUCUGCGGGGCGGCUGGUGCCGCUGUCCGCGAAGGUGCCUAGGCAAAGGAGUCCAAAUUCUCUCCAGCCACAAACUACCCCAUGGUUCAAGCUACCAGAUAAGCCGGCCAGGAGGAGAGCUGACACUGACCAAAUCCUAUUCUACUGGGAACAGAAAAGGGUUUUUGUCAGGCUUACUAGACAACAUCAAACAAGAAUUAGCCAAAAACAAAGAGAUGAAAGAGAGUAUAAAAAAGUUCCGAGAUGAGGCAAAGAAGCUAGAAGAAUCAGAUGCUCUCCAGGAAGCCAGAAGAAAAUAUAAAUCCAUCGAGUCAGAAACUGUGCGAACCAGUGAAGCCAUAAAGAAGAAGCUUGGGGAACUGACAGGGACAGUGAAGGAGAGUCUUGAUGAAGUCAGUAAGAGUGACCUUGGCCGGAAGAUCAAGGAGGGGGUAGAAGAGGCUGCCAGGACAGCCAAGCAAUCAGCAGAGUCAGUAUCCAAGGGUGGGGAGAAGCUGGGCAAGACGGCAGCCUUCAAAGCCAUCUCCCAGGGUGUAGAGUCGGUGAAGAAGGAGAUUGAUGAGAGCGUACUAGGACAGACGGGGCCCUACCGCCAGCCCGAGCGGCUCCGGAAAAGGACGGAGUUUGCUGGAGCGAAGUUCAAAGAAGACAAAGUGUUCCAGGCUAAUGAGGAAGCGUUGGGGCUUGUACUACACAAGGACUCCAAGUGGUACCAGCAGUGGAAGGACUUCAAAAACAACAAUGUGAUGUUCAACCGCUUCUUUGAGAUGAAGAUAAAGUACGAUGAGAGUGACAAUGUUCUCAUCCGGGCAUCCCGGGCCUUAACGGACAAAGUCACUGACUUGCUGGGGGGCCUUUUCUCAAAGACAGAAAUGUCAGAGGUGCUCACAGAGAUCCUUAGAGCGGACCCAAACUUCGACAAGGACCGCUUUCUUCGGCAGUGUGAGAGUGACAUCAUCCCCAACAUCCUAGAGGCCAUGAUUUCUGGGGAGCUCGACAUUCUCAAAGACUGGUGCUAUGAAGCUACUUAAAGCCAGCUGGCCCACCCUAUCCAGCAGGCCAAGGCUAUGGGCCUCCAGUUCCACUCCAGAAUCCUCGACAUCAGCAAUGUGGACCUGGCCAUGGGCAAGAUGAUGGAGCAGGGUCCUGUGCUGAUUGUUACCUUUCAAGCCCAGUUGGUGAUGGUGAUCAAGAACCCCAAAGGCGAGGUGGUUGAGGGUGACCCGGACAAGGUGCUACGCAUGCUGUAUGUGUGGGCACUCUGCAGAGACCAGCAGGAGCUCAACCCUUAUGCUGCCUGGCGCCUUCUGGACAUUUCAGCCUCCAGCACAGAACAGAUCCUCUGAGGGCAGCGGUGGUAUCUAGGCAGCUCCAGAGCUAGACCAUCGUGGGACAGAUACACAGAGGCGCCAUGAGGCACCUUGGCACAAGACCGAUAAGACUAUGUAUG